AUGCAGAUGGAGGAUUUCAAGCAGUUCCUGGUAGCUCUGUCUGCCGCCGCGGCCUUCGGGUUUGUCGCCAUAAUAUUUGUGCUCAGAUGGGUCCUCGACUUUAGAGGGGGUUUAGGCUGGGAUGGAGGAUCCGCCGAGUUUAACUGGCAUCCGGUGUUGAUUGUCACCGGGUUUAUUUUCCUGCAAGGAAUAGCAAUCAUUGUCUACAGACUCCCCUGGACCUGGCAGUGCAGCAAACUAAUGAUGAAGUUGAUCCAUGCAGGCCUGAACUUACUGGCAUUUAUUUUUGCUGUUGUAUCUAUGGUGGCGGUUUUUGACUUCCAUAAUACUGCCAAGAUCCCUAACAUGUACAGCCUGCACAGCUGGCUGGGCCUGACAGCUGUAAUACUGUAUGGUCUACAGCUUGUCUUAGGAGUUGGCAUGUACUUGAUACCAAUUACACCUGCAUCCUGGAGAGCAGCAUUCAUGCCCCUCCAUGUCUACAGUGGUCUUUUACUCUUUGGUAGUGUUAUAGCUGUGGCACUCAUGGGCAUCACUGAGAAACUCAUCUUUAGUCUGCAACAACCAAAGUAUAAGGACUCACCACCUGAGGCAAUUUUUGUAAAUGUUUUGGGACUCCUCUUGGUGAUUUUCGGAGCUCUGAUCCUCUGGAUUGCCACCCGAACAUCUUGGAAACGUCCCAGUGACCAAAUCUUGCAUACUCGACAUACCAGUGGGGGAGGUGAGGACAACACCGGUGUCGGACCAGCUCUGUCUCAAAUGUCUGAGGCUGAUUCUGAAGCCUGUGGGGAAGUCAGGAAGAGGGGUAACAAGUUAGAUGAUAAGGAAUUGAUUACAAAAUAACUGUGUAAGUGAUGAAUGUAUGUAUGACCGCACUGGUCAGAGAAGGUUUAAAAAAGGAAGUCUAAUCGUGCUGAUCUUUCCAUACAUAUCUUUUUGCAACGUGAGGUUUUUCUAAAUAUUUGCAUUUUGAGCUUGUUUUUUGUCUUCUGCAACAUUAAUUGUUGUAAGCAAGUGUAAAUAGUGGUGGGAUUCUCUAACAGGAUUGCGAUGAUGAUAUGGGUAUUAAUUUUAUUGACAUGCACUGUGCAAAUAAUCCUGGCUUUUUCUAAAGAUUAUAUGUAGAUUAUAUGUGUAAAAUGUAUAUGUAUGCUAC